AUGGAUGGCAGUGCUCUCGAGGCCGUCAUUCAAACAGGCAACUGUGAAAGCGAGUCCCAUCAGGCAGAUCAAAUGCGAUGGUGUCAAGUCGGCACUGGUCGGAUCUUUCGAGCCAAUCUACACAUUCCACCCCACGAAACCGUCAAAGACCGUACUGAUAUUGAGCUCUUAUUUGACAAACUCCCCGAGCGUAUCGACCUCGAAAUUGACCAUGAGACUCAAUCACUCUACUGGACUGACCGAGGGGAGAUUACAUAUGGCAAUACAAUCAACGUUGCAUCAGUCGGAGCCUGCAAGAAGCCCUCGAGCGCCAUUAUUCUCCAAGAAAAACCCCUAGGAUACCAAAUCCUAGCUCAUGGGCUUCAUGAACCCAUUGGCCUGAAGCUUGACAUGACUAAUAGACACAUCUAUGCAGCAGACCUGGGUGGCGCUAUUUACAGGUUCAACCUAGAUGGGUCUGAGAAAAAAAAGCUUUAUGAGCACCCGAGUGCAUUCCCGGGUAUCACCCUGUUCUGA